AUGGCUUGCUUGGCAAUCGCGGUCAAAGCCUACGUCGAGCGCAAGAAGACACUGCACGACAACGGCAACACUUACGAUACCCUCCUCUUGAGGCAAAAGCUUCCACAGGACAUGAUGGCGUGGCGUCUCUUCGACGUAGGAGACGGUAGCGACGCCAAACUUUGGGGGGUGUUGCACGAUUUUUUCAACAAGCGUGGCUACACCUUUUGGAUCUCCAUCGAGGAUAGUUACAUGGAGCUUCCCUCCGACGCUGAUGUCACUUCCAGUGGCUUUGGGUAUGCACCCCUCACUCGGGGGAUGGGGGAAGGCACUCCUCACGAAGACCUCUAUCGGUUCUCAUACCCACAUCCCGGCUGUCAAGCUGCUCAGACAACCGACGGACGAAGUGUCGUAAUCCGCGUUCUCGCGAUCGGUGGAAGCGGCCGCGAGCAUAUCGACAUCUUGAAAGAAGUCGCGCGCGGACCAUACAGUCUGGUUACUUAUAACCACGCUCUUCCGUUACUAGAUCUUCUCGAGUUCGAGGACAUUACGUUUGGGGUUUUUCCCAAGGUUGGUGGAGAAGUACGAGAGUUGUAUAAGUACUGGGCCAAGAACUCGGUCGGCGACAUCCUAGAUAUACUGAACCAGUGCCUUGAGGCUCUCGGAUGGUUACACAACAGGCGCAUCGCACAUCGGGACGCUUUCAAGGAUAACUUCCUGGUGCAGUGGCAACCGGAGACCAUGGAGACGCGGUUUUUGCCUGUGACUCGUCCGCGGGUGUACCUGCACGACUUCGAGACCGCGAUCCGUUUCUCGCCCCACAUGGCCGCGGAGGAUUGCGUCUGCGUCGGAGUUCCUAUGAUAGACCCGUCGCUUGCCGACCGAUACCGCCGCCCCGCUCCGCCCGAGGUGCACUCGGGCAAGCCGUAUGAUCCAUACAAACUGGACGUAUGGCAGCUGUCCACAAGCUUCGCGGACUUUAAGUGCCAUAUUCCAGAGAUUGACGGCCUCAUGGAACGCAUGAGGGACCCGGACCCUGCGCUGCGUCCAGCAGCGUGGGAGGCGACGUAUCGCAUAUCCGAGUUCCUCCAAGCGACUCCGCCGCAAGCUCUUUAUUACCCCCCAGACAUCGCGUGCAUUGAAACGAAGGACACUGUUCCAGUGGACGUGCCUCUUCCUCCCAGUCCCGCAGAUUCACCUCGCGGCCCUCCUGCUCCUAGCUUGGCGGCAGUACCUCCGACUGCCAGUCCUGCAGACGUACCUCGUGCUUCAGAGUAG